AUGGCAGAACCCCCGCCAGAGAGCUCUCACUCCACGCCUGGCACUCCCGUGAGCGACUCCACGCGUCUUCAUAGCUCGAUGGAAGACCCCGACACCGAGGGGCACCGGAAACGCCCGCGUCUCGACAGUGGAAGUCGCGUAAGAGAGAGCUUGUCCAUCGACGCUGGCCUGACUCCGGCCGCGCCUGCCUCCGCCAUGGACCUUUCUCCAGAUUCGCGUCCCAGCAAGAUGACAAUAAAUGUCAAGUCACCAACCUACGAUAUGGACUCCGAAUCCAUCGACCCCGCGUCUCUUCAACCCGACUCUCCUUCACCCCGCUCUAUCCCCGACCCCGACGCGGACCCGAACGACGUCAUUUCGAUUUCCUCCUCGCCGGCACAGAGUCCUGAGAUCGAAGUCGCCGAGCUAGAGGAUAUGGACCAGGAUCCGAAUACCUCAAGCUGGAGGCCACUGGACGAGGCACUACGAGACCAGACACAACCUGAGGUGAUCGAAGUCGACGACAUACUCUCUCCCGUCGACUCUUUCCCAUCAGUUCGGGAGAAUGCAUCUGCGUUCGAAAAUUUGCAAUACAUGAUCGCGGUGAUCGAGAGAUGCGACCCUCGUGAUACCUUGGCAUUUGCUGCCUUAAAAGUGUGGAUGGCCGACUGCGCAAAGAAUCUCGACCAAUUGACGGCUCCUGCCAUUACUGAAGACCUUGAAUUCUGGAAUCGCGUACCUUUUCUUCUGGAAAUACUCCUCCGCAGACAACAAGAGCUCGUUAUCGAUGAUGGAAGCGAUGUGUUGAAAGGUCUGGAGGACUUCUUCAUGGAUUAUGUCAAAAUUGCCGUCCACAUGAUUCACCUAGACAUCAUGUUCAUGCGCUGCUUUGGUGAAGAGCCAGACACUCAGCUACCAGACAGUCCAGCCCGACGCUGGAUAACACCUCUCGCGUGGCUGCUGGGAUCACAGAACAUUCCCCUCUAUCGUGCCCUAGAGACACAGUACAUGAUAAACACAGUGGACUUAGUACGCCGGAUCCGCACGAGGUCUUUUAUUUCCCCCAUCAACGCUCCCUCGGUGGUGGCAGAAUACACUUCUCUUUUGUUGAAAACCAUGCUCAAGGCUCCUGUUUUAUGGAGCACCUUGAAGAUUGUCUUGGUUUUCGCCACCAGCGUCGCCGACUGCACACCGGAAAAGACACAACACGACUCAAAUUCGGAAUUCACGUUUGAUUCAUCGGCCCACUUAUCUUUCUUAACGGUCAUCUACGACACAGUCCGUCAGAUUGACAUCCAGUACCAAGAAUGGGUAACAAAGAAAUCCGCCCUGGUGUCAAGCGAGAACACUGAACAUAUGCUUCUCCAAAUACCUCGUGUCUACAUGUUGCUCUGCAAGUCUGACCCUGCAUUCAUCGAUCGAAUCGCACAAGACCUCGGAAUUGAGCUUUCAGAAGGUGCGAGCAGUGCUAGCAAGACGGACAUCAUUUCAUGGGGCUGGAGACUUGGUGUCUUGAAGAAGCACAUCAUGGAGGGCCGCAUGGAGCUCCGGGUUUGUGGCGUGGAAACAAUGCAAUCACACCUGGUGAAGAUUUGGGCCGACCGCAUCUCCACCAAUGCCACUGCAGUCAAUUUACCGGAAAUUCAAUAUCUGGUUCGUUUCAUCCGAAGCAAUAAGUUCGUGGAUUACCUCGUGGGGGUAGAAUCUCACCCUCAGCUGAUCUGCCGCAGCAGCAACAUUGUGGGGUUCCUGGUCGUGGCGAGCUCAUAUACAAACCUGGAGACGGACGUCAUUUGGAAAGCUGUGACCGAGAGCCAGGACAGUAGGAUCGUUUCUGAGGUGUUAGCCAUGCUCACCCGCACGCUUUAUAUGCACUCUACCGCGUCACCGGCAUUGCUGUACAUUUGCGAAAAAGUUCUGAAGCUUCCGCUGGAACGUUUUGAUGCCAAUAUGCUUGAAUUUUGUGAUAUUCUGCUCGGUCGAAUGUAUCAUCAACCCAGCGAGACCGGGUACUAUGACAAUACCGGGCCCGACCGCGUGAAUGCUGUCGCAUUGUGGCUCUGUGUGCGUCUCAUUCGAGAAAGCACUGCAGCGGACAAUCUCUCCGAUGACCAGAGGACAAAAUUGCAGGAUCUCGGCAGCAGGCAACUCGCAAGCUGCAUCAGAGCAGGCAUCAGCGGGACAGACCGGACGGAAAUCUAUGAGCGCUGUAUCCUUGACAUCGCCGAGAUGAACGCUUUCACGGCAGGCAGCAUUCAAGUGCUGAAUGCUCUCAUCCCUAUUCACGAUGCGCAAGAGAUUUACAAGCUCGACGAAAAGUACGACUUGACACGUCUGGUAAUCACUGACCUGCUUCAUACUGUGAAUGGAGAUCACGUUGACCUGGCCGAAAAAUUUUCGCACCAUGGCCUUGUUUCCCGCGUGAUGCUUCUCUUCCGGCUUGUUGACAUGGCCCCAGAGACAAUCACACCCGAGCUCGGAAAAGCAUUCUGGAAUGAUAUUCUUCUGUCAACCAAACUGGGGGUGGAUGGGCAUAAGUCAGUUUGGGGCAUGAUGUCCACUGCUCUCACGCACUGCACCAAGGCUAACCCUUUCCUCGACCGAUGCAUUCAUGAAUACCUGCCUGAAUUGGUCCCGAAAGACUAUUCCCCGGAAUUGCUUGCGUUUACGAAAAUGUCAAUAACUUACCAAGUUCGCUUUAACCCGCCUCCCGCCGCUGCAGACAAUGAGGUUGUGACCAUUCCGGGAAUGGAUCGCAUCUGGAACUUCAUUUUGACAUCCCCGCCUGGAACCAUUGAAAUCGCGGCAACAGAUUAUGCCAUCAAAACCUACUUGGAUCAUCCAAUCAUCAAGAAUUCACCACCAUCUGCUGUCGAAGCCACACAUAUUGCGAUUGUAGGUCGUUGCAUUGAGCAACUCAAGGACUCCGCUGCAGCUUUGAAGCCGUCACACGCCACAAACAGUGAUUCUGAGUUGGGAAAAGAAAUCACCAAUGGUGCUAUUGGCCCCGAAGAGUUGCGAUUCAGGCGCUCGCUCCAGUUCCUCUACCGAUUGCUUCACGGUUUGCGCUCUCGCCGACAAUACGUUUGCCCUCGGGAAUCUCCACCGAGCCUUCCAGAACACCCAAUUAAGGGUGAUCCGGUCGAGCUAUCCUGGCAAUCGUUCAACGGCAAUGCUCACUCUGGUGUUAAGGUGUUGCAAAUCGGCAGUCUUUCGACAGCGACCGAGCUCGUAGAAUUACUUUGCCGUCUUACCGGCUUCUCCAAGUUAUUGGCUAUCUGCGGUGGCCAGCGACUCAACCUGCUCGAAGAUCCGGGAGCUCUUGUGGGAGACAUGAAAAAGCUCCAAGGAGGACUUCUCAUUCUUCGCAAGGCACCGGAUGCCCAGGAGGUCGCGCGCCACAAUGGUCAGCACUCUCUUACAUCCGUCGACUUUGAAGUUAUGAAACAUUUCGACGAGAUUUACGAGUUUCUCGUGCUCAAGGAGGAUGUCGCCCGUGAAGUUUUUGAUUUCCUCGCCGUGUUCCCUCCUCCAGAGCGCAUCAUCGAUCUUGUGAGGUCCGAGCAAAUCGACGAAAAGACAUUGUUCCCCUUUGAUACACCCUUCAUCGCAUUCUACUCCUUCUACGUGCUGCUCAUUUGCCUGCGCGAUGAAUCGACAGAGGCGAUUCCAAAUCGAGACUUUGCGUCGCACAGCAUCAAUAGACUUGUGGCAUUCUUGAUGGCCGAUGAGUUUGCCGGAUCCCUGAUCCAUGAUUCCAUCAAAUUCUGGCUCGCCACAAAAGCGCUUGAAUCCCUCCAAGCGGCCUUUAACGUCUAUGGCUCUCCAAGCGACGACGCCGCACUUGUCCAGGACCCGGCAAAGUUGGUGAAGCGGCUCUUGGGCUUCAUUACGAUGGCCCAGUCUGCGCCCAGUCUUCCGUUUAGCGUUCUGAACCAGAAACUUAUUCGUCUCCCCUUCGCCCUUCUCAUCGACGGCUCAACACGGGAUACUAAAUUCUGGAAUGCUGUCAAGCAGGAAGCACACUUCGACCAGUUGAUCCAGUCGUUGCUUUUGAAUGAAAGUCGCUCAUCAGUUCGCGUGGACGUAGCAGAGAGGAUCAAGAUAACAUGUGGCCCAUUGAAGUCGCAGAAACAGGCUCAGAAGGCUGACGACCAGUCGCAAAGCCCGGCACCUGCCGAAAUCGUCGACAAAAUAGACAUGUUGGCAACUGUCUGGAAUGCCUUCCUUAUGACAAUCCCCAAGGCUCCAGAGUAUGCCUCGCAGUCUGCAGAAUUCUUUACUAGUGCUCUUUGGGUCUUCCGUGCAAUUGCGGAAAAAUCUCCCGGAGAUGUCAUCUUUAGUCAGUAUCUCAGGGAUUGGAGUAUGGUUAUGCUCCGGCACCGCACCCAAGAGUUUGUGGGUCGCGAGACAAUUGAUCCCUUGAUGCAUGGAUUUACUCUAUUGUUGGAGCUGUGCCUUGACCUGGCAGAUAAAGCUCACGUUGACCUGGGAGACUUUGAUCUCGCCGAGCAAAUUCUGGGCAUCUAUCUCUUCCCAGACCUGUCGCCCGACAUAGAGAACCUCACGGCUCCGCAGCUUCCUGUCUUGCAUUCACCCACUCGCCAGAAGCUGUACAGCAUUGUUGGCCUGCUAUGCAAGCGCAAUGAUGUGAAUCUUGGGCAAGUUAUAGAUAUGCUAGAGCCUGUUGUUCCUCGAGAUGUUUCCUACGGGCCAAACUCGAGUUGGGAUCGAUCAAAGAUAAUUCGAGCUCCACCAGGGUAUGCGGGACUUAAGAAUCUCUCGAAUACCUGUUACUUGAACUCUUUGAUGACCCAGCUUUUCAUGAAUAUCGAGUUCAGAGAUUUCAUGCUGAAGCUUGAUCUGGUGGAUCCAGACUCAUCACAGAGCCUUCUCAAAGAAACUCAAAAGCUUUUCGCAAUGAUGCAAGACACCUUCACGAAGCAUACGGAUCCAACAGACUUUGUCGAGCAGAUCAAGACAUACGACAACGAGGCAAUCGAUGUCACCAUCCAGAUGGAUGUCGACGAGUUCUACAACCUGCUCUUCGACCGUUGGGAGGCUCAGAUCGUUGAUCCACAGGAAAAGAAAAAUUUCAGAUCUUUCUACGGCGGUCAACUCGUUCAGCAGAUCAAAUCCCAGGAAUGCCCCCACAUUUCGGAAAGAGAGGAACCGUUUUCUGCCAUACAGUGUGACAUCAAGGGCAAGGCCAGCCUAGAGGAGAGUCUACAAGCAUAUGUCGAGGGAGAAAUCAUGCAAGGAGAAAACAAAUACUCGUGCACAGGCUGUAACCGCCAUGUUGAUGCUGUGAAGCGAGCUUGUCUGAAACACGUUCCCGAUAAUCUGAUCUUCCAUCUCAAACGGUUUGAUUUCGACAUGGUUUCGUUGACCCGAAGCAAGAUCAACGAUGAAUUUCAGUUCCCGGAUCGGAUCGACAUGACUCCCUACAAGGUUGAGCAGCUUUCAGAUCCAGAGGCUCACAUCGAGCCUGACAUGUUCGAACUGGUCGGUGUUUUGAUUCACACUGGCACGGCCGAAUCGGGCCAUUACUACUCGUACACUCGAGAGAGACCCGCCUCGGGAACCUCAACCUCAUGGGUCGAGUUUAAUGACUCGGAUGUCAGCUCAUUUGACGCAGCAACCAUUGCAGACCAGUGCUUCGGGGGCCCGAGUGGAACAAUGGGUGGCCACAUGCAGAAGGUCUGGAACGCCUACAUGCUAUUCUAUCAGCGUGUGUCUAAAAUGGAGGCGUCCAAAGAAGUCUACAGGCCGUUGAAGCCAGGCUAUCCAGUCCGAGCUUCUGUGCCCGACGAACUAGCCAGCCUCAUCGCCGGCAACAAUGAGAUUACCAUCCGAUCUUAUUGUCUUUUGGACCCGCUCUAUGCUUUCUUUGUACAGGGUCUGCUACAAAACGUGCAGAGCGUUGCAGUCAACUUUGAACGAAAGCGUGAGCUUGAGCUGAAGGCUAUAACAGUUGCACUUGACACUUACGAGCAACUGAUUGCACGGUCCAAGGAUCAUCCAUGCUUGGAUGGUAUUUCCGCUGAGGUUUCUGACCUGAUAUCCCGAAAUGUACAUGCGGCAUUCGAGGUCCUUCAGUGGUUCCAAGAAAAAGAAACAUCGAUGCGCAACUUGAUCCUUAAGAUACCAAACGCGGACGUUCGGAAGAAAGGCGUCAUGUUCCUCAUUGACGCCAUGCGCAAGAUCGAAAAAUAUCUUCACGAUGCAAGUGUUGACGAACAGGAAGCAAUUGAUCUGCAAGUCCGCUUCGACGGGCUUUUGGAAGACAUCGUCCGCAAAUUAGAGGAUUUGUGGCCUGCUCUUCAGACCGUCUCUCGAGUCUGGGAAGAUUACUUCGACAUCCCGCUCAAAAUGAUUGCGGUGUCACCUGGAACUGUUGACUUCUUGCUCGAGAACGGCUUCUUCGUUCGCUGCCUAGAAAUCAUCUGGCUCGAUCAAGAGGACCGGAAGAGACUGAGAAGCAAGUAUGCCAACUACAUUAGACUGAUUGACAAGGGCCGACGCUUCUCCUACGUCAAAAUGAUGGCCCUCUGCGCAGUCUUUUUCAAGAAGAUUGACUUUGCGCUUCCCCUCGCCAUGUACUCUUUGAGCGUCACCGAAAACAAGUUCAUCAGACCUGUCGAUGAAGACGGAAGUCUCUCUGUUCUGCAAAAAAUUCUGCAACAUGACCAUUUCGGGAACACCAAGGCCUCAUGCACGAUUAUUGCCUCUUUGUUACAAUCAGAACCCCAAGCGGGGCUACUUGAUGACAUUAUCAAAGCGCUGCAAGUCGGUUUGCGACUGUCACCCGCUGACCUUAGCAUCCCAUUCCUCGAGGCGACCUUCAUGUUCUGCAAAUGGUGUCCAGGGAAGGCCGACGCUGCAGACAUGAUCAGAUUUGUCGCGAAGGGAGUUGAUUCAAUCGACGGCCGCGCGAGUGUUGAUCAUCUCGACUUCUUCACCCGAAUUUGCACUACAUCCAACGAGAGACUACAACUGGGAGAAGAGUGGUUUUCGGAAAUCGUUCGAGAUGAGAUUCCUAGCUGGGCCCCGACCCUCCUCAUCGACAAUGAUCGAUCGGUUCGCCAGGGUACCAUUGACAUACUGAAGACUCUGCUUUUCAGCAAUGAGAACAAUGAUAUCACCACAGAGUCUGAGGCUCGAUACUACCAAAUUGGCCGCAAUCUCAUGAUUUCCUGUGUUCAAAGAGUCGAAAAGUCAUUCAUCCACAGCCACGUUCAACAAGUCGAAUCUAGAAUCGUUGACGGCAUCAUCGAGGUCAUCAAGCAUUGCCAGGAUGCCUACUUUGACGAAGAGAGCGAGGAAGAUAGACGGACGCUCGACAAUGCGAACGCAAUCCUCGCUCCCAUCGAAGAGAAAACGAUUGAAGUCCAAGACGACCUCGUCUCAGAAUCCGAUCUUCCCUCCGCCGAUGAAUGGGAAGCAACCUCUGCAUUAGCCAGCGACUCCGAAAUGGGAGUCGUCGGUUCUCCUUAG